GCGCGCAGACGCCAUUGGUAGGACUCGCGGAAAAGGGAAAGGGAGCGGGUGGAGCCGUUAGGAGCUCAGACGUGCUGGGGCUGUGGACUGGGAGCCGGUAGAACGCUUUCCGGGCUGCGCCUCCUGCGUAUUUGAUGCUACGUGGAGAUGCCCAGCCGAGGUGCGCGACCCGAGGACGGCUGCGGGCUGGUCCCUACCGACAACUCGACGCAGCACAAGGAAGAUCUCAGCAGCAAGAUUAAAGAACAAAAAAUUGUUGUGGAUGAACUUUCUAACCUGAAGAAGAACAGGAAAGUAUAUAGGCAGCAACAGAACAGCGACAUAUUCUUUCUUGCAGACCGAACAGAAAUGCUUUCUGAAAGCAAAAAUAUAUUGGAUGAGCUGAGGAAAGAAUACCAAGAAAUAGAAAACUCAGAGAAGACCAAAAUCAAGAAAUAGUCAACUUGAUUUUACAUAGCAAUGUGUGGCAUUUGUUGUGCAGUAAGCUUUUCUG